AAGCUGCUAAGCUGGCUUGACACUUGAAAGGCCUUAAACUAAGGGAAACCCCAGAGACCAUAAGAAGGAACAGGGGAAGGCAAAAAAAACAGAGCACUGAAGAAAGAAGCCUCAUCAUUUCAAAACCAAAACAAAGCACAAAGAAAAAGAAAAAGAGAAAGGGAAAGAAAGAGAGGAAAAUAAAGAGGAGAAUUCAAAGAAGAAGGGUUUCUAGCUGUUGAACAAGAUGCAGGGUGGUGGUGAACAACAGAACAACCAGUUGGUGGUGCAGAACUCAGGGAGUCUCAGCUUCAGCAGCCAAAUGUCCAAGGAAGAUGAGGAGAUGUCAAGGUCUGCUCUUUCCAAUUUCAAGGCCAAGGAGGAAGAGAUUGAGAGGAAGAAGAUGGAGGUUAGAGAGAAGGUUCAGCUCCAGUUGGGUCGGGUUGAAGAAGAAACCAAACGUCUUGCUACCAUUCGUGAGGAGCUUGAAUCCCUAGCUGAUCCAAUGAGGAAGGAAGUUGCAAUUGUCCGAAAAAGGAUUGAUUCUGUAAACAAGGAAUUAAAGCCACUAGGUCAUACCUGCCAGAAGAAGGAGAAAGAAUACAAAGACGCCCUUGAAGCUUUUAAUGAAAAGAACAGGGAAAAAGUACAGCUAAUCACCAGGCUAAUGGAGGUGAGUGACCUGGUGAGUGAAAGUGAAAGAUUGAGGAUGAAGAAGCUGGAGGAGCUGAGUAAGAACAUAGAUUCCUUGAAAUGAUUCUGCUGCCAACUGCUGCUAAUGACUCUCUGAUUAGGCUUGUGUGGUAUAUGAAAGAUGACAUAGUAGUAUAUUUUAUAUGAAUGUAUGGGUUGGUCUUGUGCUUGUGUAGUUCUGUGGUGUCGUUAUUUGUUUGUUUAACUAGCAUUUGAUGAUGGGACAUUAGCUAGUUUAGGAGGGCUAUACCCUACAAACAAACAGGCUUGUAACUAUAUACUUGCAUUCUGUUGUCAAUUUUUUUACCCUGUCAAUUCUCUUUUCUCUGC